GUCAACAGCAUCAACGGAACCAUACAGUGUGAAGAGUACCGGACAGCCUCUAAAUUAUUUAACAUGCUUGAUAUAAACCUUUGGUAAAUCGGAUAUACCUUCCACCCACGCCUAUAACCUCACCACCAUCGACACCACCUGCAGGCCUCCUGUUGCAAGUCAAUCUCUUCAGAUCAGCUCCAUUUGCCAGACUAGCCCAGAGAAAAGAUUGUGAGCUGUUCAUGAUCUCAAUGAGAGAUAUUGAAGAAGCUUUGAAGCCAAAGGAGGAGAUUGAACCUGCCACCAAAUUACCCCCCGAGUACCACAAAUUUUUAGAAGUGUUUUCCACGGCUCAGAGUAAGAUACGUCUCUGCAGCAGAGAAAAGGCUGGUGACCGGCUAUAUUCCGAGGUACACUUGAAGGAGUUGCCGGACGAUGGUUGUCGGCUGCUGAAGAAUGGCGGCUCUUUCUACCCGGUGGAACAUGGAAUACGGAACAUGAAUACAGAGCUAAGCAGUCUCGCACUAUCCGGACUCUUCGAACAAGGCUAUGCCCAAGACUAG